AAUCUUAUCCUUAAUCAAGACAGCGUAAACAGUACCAACAUCCUCAUAUCCGGAAUUGGUAUAUUUCAGUCACUAGACCACAUUGACCACCACCACAUCAAACCUUUCACUAUCUUAAUUUCAUUCAUUAUUUUGAAUCUAUAGUAAUCUAUUUGUCAACUGUCAGUCAUUAUCAUCAUCUUCAUCUGCAACAUCAUUGUUCCGCCAUAUUCAACCUCCUCCCUUUUUUUAAAUUUAUUCCCAAAGAUAUGUCAACAACUGCAAGAGCACAACAAGUAAUUUCAUUAGCUUCAUUACGUUCCCUUAAUAAUUCGACAGAUAAUUCAAAUAUUGCUUCAGAUUCAACUAAGAAACCUAUAGUUUGGAAAGAUUUAGGGGCUUAUUUAGAUAAGAAGAUUGACAUUCAAACUAAUAGUAGUCAUAAUAAUAAUUUAUCCAUUCCUGAUAGUUUAUCAUAUUUAUCAACUAAUAUCAAAUAUAAGAUUUGUAAAUCUUGUAAUCGACCAAUUGGAGAAACAAGUCUAGCAAAUCAUUAUACCAAGUGUGUGGCUUUAAAACAAAAGAAAGAACAAGAAGCUCAAAUUCAAGAAAUUGCCAGUACUAAUAAUACUAAUAAUAACAUGAUCAAUAAGAGAAAGAGAGGUAAACAAUUUUUAGAUAUCGAAACCAGUUCUGUUGAAUCAUCUCGAAACACAACUCCAAUCCCUGGUACUCCAUCAAAUGGAGCUACAUCAUCAUCAUCAGCUAUACCUAAUAAACCAAAGAAAAAAUAUAAGAAAUCACAAACUCAAAAGGAAAAGGAAGCUGCCAAUGCAGCUGCUGCCGCUGCUGCUGCAGCAUAUCAAAGUGGUUCUCAAAAUGAUCAAACUGAAUCACCUGUUGCUGCAGGAUCAGAUAAGAAGAAAAAGAAACAACCAAAACCAAAAGCAGUUGCUAAGCCAAAGGGACCAGUUGAUGUUGAAAAACAAUGUGGUGUACCAUUAGCGUCGGGAGGAUUUUGUGCUCGUUCAUUAACAUGUAAAACCCAUCCUAUGGGAGCCAAACGUGCUGUGUUAGGGAGAAGUGCCCCUUAUGAUGUAUUAUUACAACAAUAUCAAAAACGGAAUCAAGCCAAGAUUGCUGCUAAUAAUGCAUUAGCAGCACAAAGAAGAGAAAAUGCUGCUUUCCAUGGUGGAGGUCAAGAUAUGGGAGGAGAUGGUAAUUUAAAUUAUAAUAAGAUUCUUGAUCCUGAUGAAGAAACUCAUUUAGUGUUGGAAGGAUUAUCGAAGAAUAAUCCAAUUCCAUUAGAACGAAAAAUUGUAUUACCGGUAAGAUAUCGUCAUCGAUUUUUAUCAGGUCGUGAAUUUUAUGCCAAUUCUUUAAUUAAAUUACAACCGAAUCAAGCUCCAACUCAUAAUUCUGGAACUGGAAACAAUCCAUCAUCAUCAGGUGGUAAUAGUUCUGGAGGUAAUGCUGCUGGUGCAGGAGGGGCAGGUGGUGCAAGUGGACCCGCUGGGGAACUGCAAAAUUUAGCUACUCAAGCUAUCUCAGGAUCAAUUGGGGGUUUACAAGGCAGAUGUGCAUUAAUUAAUGUUGAUGCCAGUCCUAAUAAUAAUUAUGAUUCUCCAAGUCAAACAUUUAGUUCAAUUCCAGGAGAAAUAUAUCAAGUUAGAGCUCCCCUGAGAGCCAUUGCUACUACUGCACAAUAUAAUCUUCGACAACAAGAUAGUUUUCAAAAGCAUUUUUUUCAAUUACAACAGAAACAACAACAACAGAUGUUAUUAUUGAGACAAAGACAACAACAACAACAACAACAAGCUCAACAACAACAACAAACACAACAAGCUCAACCGGUUCAACAGAAUGCAUCUACAGUGGUUCAUCAAUGAUUUUAAGUCUUUUUUUUUCUCUCUUUCUUACUUUUAUACAAUAAUGCAGAAUAGAUACGUAAAUAUU